AUGUCUUCUGAUUAUGAACGAAAAUUGAUUCAAAUGCAACAGGAUAUUCGUGAGAGUAAUUCAUACUUACAAGAUUAUAUGACAGAUUUAAAUUCGUGGACAAACGAUAUAAAAAUAAAAGAAGACUCACUGAAAAAUAAACGAACAUCAAACGAAGAAGACAACAGCAAUUUACCACCAAUUCGAAAUUUUAUUGAACCGUCAAAAAAAAAGAAAAAAAAGAAAAAAUCAUUGCCACCAAUAACAACAACAACGCAACCACCAACAACAAAUGAAAAAAUUCGUGCGUAUGAUUAUCGAUCAUGGGAUAAAUUUGAUGUUGAUGCUGAAUGUGAACGUAUAGAUACAAAUGAACAAGAUGAUAAAGAAACUAAAGACGAAGAUGAAACUGAAACAACAGAUGAAGAAUGGGAACAAGAAGUACUGAAAAAGAAAGCGGAAUAUAACAAAGAAUGUGGUAAUUAUCAAUUUAAAUUAAAAUCGUAUAAUCAAGCGAUUGAAUAUUACACAAAAGCGAUUAAUUGUGAUUCAACCAAUCCUAUCUAUUUUGCUAAUCGCGCACAAUGUCAGCUGUUAGAACAACGUUAUGGUGCAUGUGAAUUAGAUUGUACACUUGCCAUACAGUUAGAUCAACUAUAUACAAAAGCCUAUUAUCGUCGUGCAUUAGCUAGAAUUGAAUUGAAUAAAUUAGACGAAGCUAAAAAUGAUUUGGAAUUUGUACUGAACAAUGAAUCCACAAAUCGUCAAGCAAAAGAAAAGUAUGAUGACAUAAUGAAUAGAAUUAAACUGGACGAAUUGAAACGAAAUGGACGAAUAUAUCCAAUUCAAAAGCCAGUCGAACAACGUUCAAAAAAGCCACUGAAGCAUAUUGAUAUUGAAGAAAUCGAUACAAAUAUGAUUAUGAUUAAAAACAAAACAAAAAGAUUAUUGAUCGAAGAAGUUGAUCAAUCAGAUAUAACACAAACGGAACCAAAGAAAGAGAUCAUUAACGAUGAAUUAGUUGAUAAUAGACAAGAACCAACUUCAACAGUAGUUGAAGUCUCUUCUGAACCAGUCUCUCGUACAAAAUUAUCUGAUGAGACAAAGAAAACAAAUGUGCGCUACUUAGUACCAACAACUGGUUUUCAAUUUCGUCGCGAUUGGAUUAGUUUGAACAAUAACUAUGAACAUCAGUCGAUAUAUUUUAAUAGUAUACCAUCAAAAAUGUACUCAACGCUAUUUUCGAAUGGUCUGGAUUCAAAUAUAUUUACAACUAUUCUUCAAAUUUGGUCAAAUAAUCCGAAUAUUGAUGUUAUUAUUGAUUCAAUGUAUGAAAUGAAAAAUAUCAAACGUUUUCAUACACAAUUGAUGUUUUUAAGUGAAAAUGAUAAACAAUAUUUAAAUACUAUUCUACAAAAAUUAUCGACUGCUGAUAAAUCAUUAACAGAAAAAGUGAAAAUAAUUAUGAAUACUUAUAAAUCAUAG